CAUGCGCGUUAACGUCAAUGGCGGCUAGGUUGUCAAAUCAAUUGUAGAGCAGUCGAGUGCGGCGCCUCCCUUCAGCAUUAAAAUGACGGAUAAACAAAACGCCCAAAAAAGUGUGAAAAUAGCUGCAGGAGCAGUUGUGUGUGUAGAGAGUGAGAUCAGAGGGGAUGUGACCAUAGGUCCAAGGACGGUGGUGCAUCCCAAAGCACGCAUCAUUGCAGAAGCAGGGCCCAUUGUUAUUGGAGAAGGCAAUUUAAUAGAAGAACAAGCUGUCAUCAUCAACAGUUACCCAGAGAACAUCAUGCCCGAUGUUGAAAUGGAGCCAAAGACCAUGACCAUCGGCAUCAACAAUGUUUUUGAAGUUGGUUGUAUGUCCCAAGCACUGAAGAUUGGAGACAACAACGUGAUCGAAUCAAAAGCUGACGUCGGAAGGAACGUCAUCCUCACCAGCGGCUGCAUCAUCGGGGCCUUCUGCCAGGUGAACACCUGUGAGGUCAUACCUGAGAACACGGUCAUCUACGGUGCAGGGUGUAUGAGGCGGGUGCAGACGGAGAGACCACAGCCACAAACCCUGCAGUUGGACUUCCUCAUGAAGAUUCUGCCCAACUACCAUCACUUGAAGAAAACUGUUAAAAGUAUUCAUGCUGCCAACUAAAGUCCUAGUCAACUUUCAAUGCUGCAAUAUUCCAAUAGUCAAGCUAUAUGAUACUUGACUUCUUUGCUAAUAAUACUUGACUUUCAGCAGUACUUUUGCUAACCACUGCAAGCCAUGAUCCUCACUAAUGACCAUUAAACAUGCUUACUUUUGCACUCA